UGAGUAGUUCGAACAGAUUAAAAAGAAGAAAAUAUUUACUGAAAUACUUUAGAAAUUCUUACGUACUCCUCCAGGUUUAUAACAUUCUAACUUUUUGAUGUUUAUGCAUACAAAUGUGAGUAAUUAUGAUUUGUCGCUUGUGUAUAAGAGAGAUUGAAGAAUUUAUUAAUAUAUUCGACGUGACUGGCAGUAAAUCUAAUAUGGCAUCAAUAGUAGGAAAGCAUUUCUGGUUUGAGCCACUUCAAGAUGAUCCAAUAUCCACAGUUAUUUGCAAUACAUGUUGGUUUAAAGUCUCCGAUUUUCAUGAGUUUUAUGAAAGUGUGGAAGAAGCUCAACGUCAGCUGAGCGAAACAUUUCUAGUGAAAAUAGAAAGUCAAACUAAGGCGAGACAGCGACAUCACUUUUUAGAGGAUGAUCUGAUUCCCUCCAGUUCUUUGCCCAGCAAAAGAGAACCUGAUGAUGAGUUCAAUGAAAUUAACGAUGAGGUUCCUUUUGAUAUGCUAAUGGGUGUAGCAUCUGAUGAUAGGCAUAAAACUGUCGCCAAAGCCGCGGCUAUAGCUUUGGGAAGAGCUGAAGAAGAUUCACAUGAUGCUUUAACAACGCAUGAUUUUAGUAACAACUCUAUGGAAGAUGUUGAAGUUCCCAAUUAUGAAGAUGAAAAAUUUGAUAGCCAUGAUGAUGACACAUUUGACGGUGAAGCGUUCAUGAAAAAUAUAUUAAUAAAUGACAAUGCAAAAGAUACUAAACCAGUAAAAGAGGAAACGAUUACUGAAUCAAUCCAACCUAUAGGAAUUAGAGUGACAAGAUCAUCGUCUAAAUUGCAGCAUAAUGCACAUAUAACCCAAACGAUAUUUUCAAGCAAAAACGUAAAAAAAGGCCCUGGAAGACCACGAAAAGCUGAAAUCGGCUCCUCAAAAGAAGCGAAAGACAAAAAAGCACCUGAAGAGUCGGAAGCUUACCGCAAUAAAAGCUUAGCCAUCGACAGAGAAAUAUCCAAGUACAUGUCAUUGCAUUGUGAAAUCUGCAAUGGAGAAGUAACAAAUUUUGCUGCUCUUAAAGGCCAUAUGCGUGUGGAGCAUAAUGUUAAAGGUUACGCUAGAUGUUGUAACAAAAAAUUUCUUAAGCGAGUCUUACUUCUAGAGCACAUACGUAAACACUUAAAUCCGGAUUGUUACAAAUGUGAUGAAUGUAAUCGGGUUUUUGCCGAUCGCCAAUCUAUGCGUAAUCAUUUCCUUAUCAAACAUCAGAAGGAUGAAGAUAAAACCUUUACGUGCCAACAGUGCCCUAAGAAAUUUGUUAGAAAGUAUUUACUUGAACAACAUAAAAUGUUUGCCCAUGGAGAUCGUACGACCACUUGUAAGAGUUGCAAUAAACGUUUCGAUACUGCAGCCCAAUUAUCAACUCAUACCAAAGAGCAUUGCUACGGCGUAAUGUGCGACAUCUGUGCCAAAGUUAUACGUGGCACUGCAGCCUUUCAGCGUCACCAAUUGGAACAUCAAGGCAUUUCUUUCCCCAAAGUGCAAUGCGACGAAUGCGGGUCAUGGCACAAAGACAAAUACACGCUUAACAAACAUAAGAAGCGUCAUGAGCAGUCCAAGGAGUUGCACGUCUGCGAUAUUUGCCAAAAGGUAUCGCCAAGUCGUCCUGCAAUGUUGAGCCAUAAACGUUUUGUGCACAAUCCAUUGCGUUCCUUCGAAUGCAAUGUGUGCAAAAAGAAUUUUAAAAAAGCCAUAUAUUUAAAAGAGCACAUGGCCUCGCAUACAGGCGAAGUGUUGUAUCGUUGCCCUCAUUGCCCGAAAACUUUUAAUUCCAAUGCUAAUAUGCAUUCACAUCGCAAAAAAAUGCAUCCGCAAGAAUUUGAAGAAACUCGUAAAUUAAGGCGUGAAAACGCUCACUUACCAGAGCCACCUAUGCCGUCAAUAUCAUCCCUGAGUAAUGUCAGAAAAUUACCAACAGAGACAAAAACCUUACUUGUUAUAGACAGUCAACAGAAUAAAGUUACAGAAAGUAUUUUCGUCACAUCAGCAACAGCCAAUGUGUGAAAUGUGAAAUUAAUACCAGUUUAUUAUAUGAUAUCCAAAAAUAAUUUUCAAAGGAAUUGCGGAACCAUAACAUUAACUAAUAAAAUUUACAUUCAUUUUACAGCUUUUGAAAGGGUAUAUCAUAAAAAAAUCUCCUUAAAUUGCAGGAAAACAAUAAGACAUUUUUUGUCUUACUAUUUUUGAUUGGAAAACAUUCAAUUUUGGGAAUUGAUUUAUUGUAGCUCGCAUCGACCAAUA